CCUCAGUUGGAAGAAGCGUGGGUGAUCAAGGUGUACUCUGAUGCUCAGACGUAUAUGAACGUACGUGGUCGUUGGUUCGUUAUUUUCGACACAUUAAAUUUUUCACUUAUCAUGUUUCAGAUACUAAGAUCUUGCGAUCCAAAGGAUCUCCACCUCUGUCCAAACGACAACUUGAUCUAUGAAGAUUUUCGCCACUACUUUAAAGAUUUCGACGUGGAGGUCAUCGAAGAAGCGGAUAUGAAAACUGAGAAAUGGCGGGAAUUUUCGCUUCUUUUCGAAGGCGUGAUUGACGACUACAACUUUGGCACGUUGCUGCGGGCUGACUGUCACGGCGAUUAUACUUCGGAAAAUACAUUCAUCGUUUUUCGGAUCCAGUUCCUUGCUAUUGAAACGGCCAGAAACAGAGAAGGCUUGAAUAGUGGUGUGAGACAUUUAAAGUCUGACUGA